AUGAGCGAACCGUCUGUACCAGCGUCCGUGCCUGCGGCAUCUGACCUGGAGCUACGGAAGAACGAGGUCAUCCGCAAAUUGGCCGCUCAUCUGCCCGACGACGACGACGCCGAUUUCAUCCGUCUCAAGAAGCUCAACAUCGUCGAAAAGCUCUUGGCCUCGUUAGAAGACCCCAACAUGAACCCCUUUCACUUGAACGAGAUCGAAAGCUUCCACAGCCACCCGCCGCUGAGGCCCGCUCCAGCGUUCCUGGACGACGUCAACCAGCGGCUUCAACUAUUGAGGGACAUCAAAAGCACCACGAUGAAACGCGAAGAUGAUUCUAGUCUCCCAUGGCAAUGCUUGCCGGCUGCUUUCAUUACAAUCAAUGUGUGGGCUGCCUUCAUAGCGGCUCCGAUUGAAGCUUUGCAGGCCCUGCUGGGGCGCAUGAAGAAUGGCGAAAUGCUUUAUGAGCAUUUGCGCGAAGGUUUAAAGUCCAUAGAAUGCAACCUCCCUACCAUUAUUCAAAUCAACCUCGGAGGCCAACUUCCGUCGCAACCCCCAGCCUCGCAAUCUUCACAAAGCUCUGGUCCUCAAGCUUCCCCAUCCAUUUCCUCAACGCUUCGUUGCUCAACGGGCACCCACGUGGCAUACAAUUUGACCUCCACCGCCAUCUCUCACGUCUCAGUUUACUGCAGCAAGCUUUCGUGCCUGGGGUCCAUUUGGGGAUGGGCUCGAAUCGAGAGAUACCAGCGGCAACAUGGAUACGAUGAACAUAAAGAAAUCGUCACUGAUAGACCCUCAAGUAUGAUCUUCUUUGACUCCACUGUUCAACACCGCUGGAAAAAAACACAGAUAGCGUUUGAGCCUGUCCAGAAGCCUGACGACCACACCGUUCGCGUCCGUCUUCAUCUCCUCCAGGACACAAAGCUCAGAUGCACAUGGGACGGACAGAGACCGGGUGAACGGCAGGAUACGUUCCAGUGGCGGAAUGACCUGGCAACGGACCCCAGAAAGUUUCUCGACCCGUUUGUCAACGACAAGUCCGUCACUGAAGGACCGCUAGAGAUUCGGGUGGGCUCUUCCGUUACGCAGCACAUCGUCCGAGACGGGUACGUUUUCGACAUCACGUCAGAGGAUCCGGCACUCCUUCCAAACUACGACGUGCUCGAUCUACAGUAUAGAAUCGAGUUGAUGGCCGCGUUGGUCGGCGCUGGCGAGGGCUGUGGCGAUACUGUAUCUAGCUCUACUACAGAAUGGGAGGGUGAUCUGUCACUGGCAUCGGGAUACAGUCACGAAGACUUUUGA